AUGCCUAAUUUCGGGCCUCAUAGGCCCAGAUUGAUCAUUCUAGUGAGGCAUGGCGAAAGCAUAUCGAAUAAGGACAAAACUGUGAACCAACACAUACCAAAUCAUCAAAUUCCGCUCACUGAAAACGGAUGGAGACAGGCGCGAAGAUCGGGAGCGCAGCUUUUGCAGGUCCUGAACGUGGACGACCAAGAAAUAGUCAAGAAACUCGCGGGAAAAUACAUAUUUAAGGACGAGAAUCGCAAGCCCCUCGAGCAGCACUACACGCAAAACAACAAGAAUCCAGACAGUAAUGUAGUGUUCUACACGUCUCCGUACAAAAGGACACGCGAGACUCUGCGUGGGAUGCUGGACGUUUUGGACGAGUAUAACGAGUGCAAUUGCGGGGUCUCGGCCCGGCAAAACGACGGGUACCAGCCCGAGGGCAAACAGCGUCUUGCACAUUGGCAAUCGCCGGAGUUCCCACACGGCUACUUCGAAAACAAGCAGUCACGUGAGCUCACGGAGGGUCUGCGUAAGACGGCAGAAUGCAAGACGUUCGUGCACUACCGCGUCAAGGACGAGCCCCGGAUCCGCGAGCAGGACUUCGGCAAUUUCCAAGAGCUCAAUUCCAUGCGCGACGUGAUGAGCACGCGCACGAACUACGGCCAUUUUUUCUUCCGGUUCCCGCAAGGCGAGAGCGCCGCCGACGUCUACGACCGAUGUGCCAGUUUCCAGGAAACGCUAUUCCGGCAUUUCGACCAACCGGACCGCAAGCCGCGUGACGUGGUCGUUCUCGUGACUCACGGGAUUUAUCUCAGGGUCUUUCUCAUGAAAUGGUUUCGCUGGACUUACGAGGAGUUUGAAACCUUCACUAACGUCCCCAAUGGUUCCCUGGUCGUCAUGGAACUGGAUCCAGAACUGGAUCGCUACAUCUUACGCACCACCCUGCCCAAAUGGUGUUGA